AUGAGUGUUUUGUUUACGGACGACUUUAAUGGGGAGAUUUACCGGAUUCUUCGAUGCUAUUCUGGCAGGUGCUUCUCACUGAUGAUUUCCGGAGGCUCUCUGCUGAAAUGCCUUGAUGAUGGCAGGUAUGAGCUGUUGGAUACGUCUAGAUGGAGUGUUUUUUACUCUGAUGAGCGUGCAGACCAGUCACAGCUGAACCAUGCAGCAGCUCAUGGGUUCCUAAAGCGAAUAAAGGCAAGAGUGCACCCUAUACACACAUCAGUGCCAUUGGAUGACGCAGCUAUUGAAUACAGCAAGAUUCUGAGCGAUUUUGUGAUUGAUGUGUGUCUACUGGGGAUAGGAGGAGAUGGGCACAUAUGCUCUUUGCUGCCUGAAUGCCCUGAACUGGAUUCCUUGCAGUAUGUGACUGCCUUGUCGGGAGCAUUUACAGUGUCUCCUAGAAGAGUGUCUGUUACACCAAAGUACAUCAAUGAAAGAGUCAAUGAGCUGAUAUUUGUGGUUCCUAACAGCAACGAAAAGAACGUCGUGCAGCCUGACAAAAGCAUAUUGGCAAGAAUCAGGAAAGAAUAUGUUGUUAUUCUGAAAAAAUGA